AUGGUGAUUGUAUAUCCCAUUCUCUUGGUGAUGAUAUCGGUGAUUAUUUCAGUUGAUGCUUCCGCUGUUGGCACAAAACCAUCUGUUCAACUUCUUAACGGCUCCAGAGCUAUCCUACCAUGCCAGUACAAUUAUGCUGUAUAUGGGAUAUACUGGGUAUACCAGAAUGGCCAUGAAGAACCCGCAGGGGACACACUUGUUCACUUGGACACGUACUUUGACAUUGGUAAACGGAGUGGUAAGGGCGUUGACGAAGGGCGUUUCAACAUCAGUGAUGACUAUUCUCUCUUGAUCGAUCCUGUUAUGAUGAAAGAUGGUGGUCGAUACUCCUGUAUUGUGUCUGAUAUAGCAUCGGGAGGUUCAUAUAAGAAUUGCACUGAAGUCACGGUAUAUGUUUAUGCCAACACCACAAACACGAAUUUCGUCACCAUCGAGCAAUGCGAAGACUUGACCAAUCUUAACCAAUCUACAGCUUAUGAAGAAACACCGUGCAUCUACCCUAUGACUGACAAACAGACGGUUUUCCAACUGAACUGCUUGGUGAACGGGGCGAUGCCAAAUGUUUCUCUCUCUUGGACGACUAACGGAAUCUACGUAGGGAUGAACUACGACCUGACGUCUACGAUCGAAGAACGAGAAGACGGAACGUUUGACCAGAUGCUGACGAUGACAGGGUCUGUGAAUGAGACUAAGAAUGGUACUGUCUUUACCUGUGUGGCUGAAGGAUUGUCUGUUGGUGGACUUGCGAACAGUUCAGUUAUAUUCUUCAAGACUGAACAUCAAUCUGAAGUCCCAAGUUACAAGUCUACAGGCUCUACAAAUCUACUUGCACUUAAAAUUGCUUUUCCGAUAGGAAUUAUGGUUGUAGCCAUCAUUGUGGCAUUUUUCGUUUGGAGAAAUCUGAGGCGUAAAAGAAAAGAUCAAAGAAUACCUGGCUCUGAAGAAAGUGAAGAACUCCACGAAUGA